AGAAUGACACAAAUCCGGCAUACUAUGGAAAAUGAGUAAACAUAUAUUUUUUUCUUAGUGUUCGUGGUAUUAUUUGUAGCGUAUAAUUUUUUGAUAAGAUUUAUAAAGUAAUUUUUUCAGCGCCUACAAUUUUGUUUUGUGAAACAUUUCAUUGACGCUAUAAUUAAAAUAAUACGUGAAAGUGUAUUUGGAAUUGAUCAAAUCUAUUGGAAAUUUAUGUGAAAAUAAUUUAAUUUUGUGUUAAAUUUUGUGUUCAUCGAUACAUUUGUGUGUAUAUUAAUCUGAUUGAGAUAACUAAACUAAUAUAUUUAGCCCGCAAUUUAAGUUGGUCAGAGAUUGAAAGUAUUACUGGUGAAAAUAGUGAUAAUGACCGAGUUCAAACGUGAUUUUUCGUCUCUUCUGCUGCGCUACGCAGCUUUAAAAAAGUCCAUCGAUGAGAAAACACCGGACAAGCGUUUGUCAAAUCAACAAAUAUUAGAUUUGAUACACGACACUCUGCGAGAAACCCUCGACAUCAAUUUGCAAACAGUCGAUGAGGCUUCAUUGAAAACCCCGGCAAACGACAUUAUAAUUACGACCCCCGAUGCACCUGAUGUUUUAAAAAUGGAUUAUAAUUUUAACAACAGCUAUCGAGUUGGAUUGCUUCCAUUACCAUCACAUCUCAAGUAUAUUCCUAAUAACUUGCCAAAUGUUUGUAAAAUACAUGAUCAAACAAAUGAUAAUCCCGACAAUAUAGAAGAAGUUGAAGAAAACAAAGGCACGGAAUCGAGUGAUAAUUCGCAGAACAGCGAAAAUAAAGCUGAAGAGACGUUGAAAGGUCCCGAAGAAGAGCAAAAGUCGGAAAAUGUUCAAAACUCAGAACCGUCACAGGAAGCACCCGAAGGGCCCACAGAUGUACGCGACGCAGUCGAUAUCUACAAUAAAGUCGAACAAGCCCGUUUACAAAUAAAGACAGCUGAGAGCACCAUCGAAGAAAUUCGAGAGAUGCUGCGUCCAAACAUACCGAACAGAAGAUUAUCGGUAAUAAUGGAUAUGCCACCUAUAACGAGGCGCUCGGCGGAAAAACGUCGCCACUCGUUGGCCGCGGCUCCGUCGUCCACGUCGAUGCGCACCAUUCACCGAGCCCACCAGCGACGUCUGUCCCUCUUGCAUAAUCAGGAAGAGUUUCCGGUGACUCCAACCACGACGCGGCCCAACUUGGCCUCGACUCCGACACUGUCAACGUCGUCGGCGACGAAGAAACCGCCAGCGCCGCCGCCAUCUAGCGCAUCCAAGUCGGUAACGAAAUCGGCGAAUCGCUCGAUGAGCCUCGGCACUCUGCACGAGGUCAAUAAUAAUCAUAUUAAGUCGUCGGUGGCUAAUGUGAGCAUCAGCGAGACGACUAAAUCGCACUUACCCAAACCAAAUCCAAAGUAUGCGCACAUACAGAGCACUAUACCCAAAACUAGCGGUUUACCAGUUAAACGUUUUAGCAAAGGUUAGUUAGGCUGAGAGUUUUACAUUUUCACAGAAAGAUUUUACAAUUUUUUAUUUUUGUUCGUUAAUUUUUUUAAAAAUUAUAAAAAUUUGUUGAUAGAUGUUCAACGAAUAGAAAUCAUUCGCAAUAAUUGUGAAUUAUUGCAAUAAAUGAAUAUUUAUAUUAGUCUGUAUUUAAAUUAAGUUUGAAAUUAAUUUUUGAGAGAUUUGUUAAAUUUUAUA